AAAACACCCCUAAUAAAAAGGGUGCAAAAGUAAUAAAAAAAAAAUUGCUAAGACUGGGAAAUACAAGAGAUAAUUGGGGGCAACCAAAAAUUUCACAAAAGCAGAGGGGCCUCUACCUCUAACUUCUCUCUCCCUCUCUUUCCUUCCUCUCUCCCUUCCCUCCCCUUCUCCCCCCAAAAAUUUCACCCUCUUCCCGCUGUCUUUUCCCUCUCUAUUUCUCAAAAAAUUCAAAAUGGCCUCACGUAUUAAGUGAGUUAUUUUCUUCUGUUUCUCCCCUGUAUAUUUUCCGCUUUCUUGCUCAACGUCUCUCUCCCUGUCCCUCCCCCCUUUCUCUUGCUCUUCCAAGAAUCUAUUUUCUGUUACCUUGCUAGGGUUUUGGCUCGGUUUUGAAAGCUGGUUUUCGGUUUUCUGGGCUUUUUUGCAUGCAUGCUACUGGGUUUUGGUUUGUAAGCUCGAAGAUUUUGGAUGAUGGCUGGAGGUUGGAAAGACAGGGCAAAAACAGUUGCCUAGUUUUUCUGCGUGUGACAUUAGCAAGCGCGUCUGAGUUACUGGUCUUGGAUUUCAACCAACCAUGGAAUGCAACAAAGAUGAGGCCAUCAGAGCAAAGGAUAUUGCAGAUAGGAAAAUGCAAAAUGGUGAUUUUGAAGGGGCAAGGAAGAUUGCAUUGAAGGCGCGGCAACUCUACCCCGAACUAGAUAAUAUUUCCCAAAUGUUGGCAGUCUGUGAGGUUCAUUGCUCUGCACAAAACAAAUUCAAUGGGUCAGAUAUGGAUUGGUAUGGAAUUCUCCAGAUUGAGCGCUUUUCUGAUGAGGCAGUCAUCAAGAAGCAAUACAGAAAGUUUGCGCUUACGCUUCAUCCUGACAAGAACAAGUUUGCUGGUGCAGAGGCAGCUUUCAAGCUGAUUGGUGAAGCUAAUAGGGUGCUUACAGAUCCAGCCAAGCGUUCUUUGUAUGAUAUAAAGUGUAGAGGUUCAUUGAGACCUACUGCACCAAAGCCAACAUCCCAUAAGACAAAUUGGAAUUCCAUUAGCAAGAAGCAGCACGAGGCUAACAAGUUUUCUAGUGCUCCACAGCGGCCAACAUUCUGGACCUGCUGUUCCUCUUGUAAUAUGAGGUACCAGUACUUCAAAGAGCUUCAGAAUAAAACAUUGCGCUGUCAAAAUUGCCAGAACUCUUUCAUUGCUGUCAAUUUGUAUAUCCAUGGUGUGCCAUGUGGAUCACCCUGGAGUCAGUUCCCCAAUCAGAAUGGAGUUCCAAAUCAAGGGCCUUCUAAAGUUGCUCCACAAAGUAACAGUGGAAACCCUUCUGAUGCUAGUUUUCCAGACAGGUUUAGACCAGUUGACAUUGGUGGGAGUUCUAAACUGAAUGAGGUGAAAGCAGGAAAUAACAUGAAAAAUUGUGGUGGUUCUAAACCAUCACAGAAAGUCAACGGGUAUGUGAAUGUGGGAGUACAAGCAGGGAAAGGUGUUCCUACCAAACCCAAAGAUUUGGGAAGUUCAAAAGUUGCAAGCAGGAAGAGAGGAAAACAGUCUCAAGUAGAAUCUAGUGAGAGUUUUGAAACAGCAAGCAGUGAUGAAGGUGUGGUUGUUCAAGAAAAUUACAGUACUAUUUCUGGACAGAAUUCAGGAUCCUGUGGAGGUAAUCAACCUAGGAGAUCUUCAAGGCAAAAGCAGAAUGUUUCUUACAAGGAAAAAAUAAUUGAUGAUGAUGAUUUUGUUGUCUCCUCACCAAAACGACCAAGGGUGAGUAGAUCCUCUAGUGCCACUAAAGAGGAGAUGAUGCACAAUAAAGAGCAUCUUUCAGCUGCUGCUGCUGCUGCUGCUGCUGCAGUGGAUAGAAAUAAGAAAGAGGCCAAGCAAAAGGCAAGUUCAACUCUGGAAGAAAGCUUGUCAAAUAAGGAAAGGAGAACUGAAGUUUAUGAGAUGAAGGGGGAGGAACCAUCCAUGGUGGAGAAAGCAGACGCACAAUCAGAUAAUAAAGAUGGAAUGCCCAAAGUUGAUGACAACUCUAACGUGUUUUCUAAUGAACCACUAUUAUCAGAGACCCUAGAGAUCCCUGAUCCAGAUUUCAGUAAUUUUGAGAAUGACAAGGAAGAAAGCUGUUUUGCUGUUAAUCAAGUGUGGGCUAUUUAUGAUACAACAGAUGGCAUGCCAAGAUUUUAUGCUCGGGUCAAGAAAGUUCUCUCACCUGGUUUCAAGCUGCAGAUAACUUGGCUGGAAGCUAGCUCAGAUGUUGCGCAUGAGAAAGACUGGUCUGACAAGGAUUUGCCCGUUGCAUGUGGUAAGUUUGAAAGUGGGGGCUCUCAAAGAACUGCAGAUCGUGCUAUGUUCUCUCAUCAGGUGUGCUGUAUAAAUGGCAGUAGCAGAGGCAGUUAUUUGAUAUAUCCUAAAAAGGGGGAAAUCUGGGCGCUCUUCAAGGGUUGGGAAAUGAAAUGGAGUUCUGAACCAGAAAAACAUAGACCACCUUACAUGUUUGAAUUUGUGGAGGUCCUAUCAGAUUUUGAUGAAAACUUCGGCAUUGGGGUUGCUUAUUUGCAUAAAGUGAAAGGAUUUGUCAGCAUUUUUCAGCGAGCUGCUCAUGAUGGGGUUAUCCAAUUUUGCAUUCCACCAACUGAGCUGUACAAGUUUUCACACCGAAUCCCUUCAUUUAGAAUGUCUGGCAAGGAAGGAGAGGGUGUCCCUGCUGGGUCUUUUGAACUCGAUCCUGCUUCUCUGCCUAGCAAUCUUGAUGACCUUGGUGAUCCCAUUGAUACUAAGAUGGAAAAGGAAAAUGUGGAUAGUCAAUCAACUAAUUCUUGGUCUCAAUCUCCCAAAGGUGAACUGAAAUCCACAAACAAGAAGAUUUGUACGCCAGAGAAAAAUGAGACAGGGCCAGAAAGAGGGAGCUCAAUCUUUGGAAAAUCUUCUAUAGACGGAAAUGUAGCUGUUGCAGGUCUAUUUUCAAACAACAAGGACAGCAGGAAAGUCAUAAACCCUGGCAACCUUGCCCAGUCUGGAAGAAUUGAUAUUUCAUCUCCAGCUAAAGAGAGGAUUGAAACCCCUAGGAAACAGGAUAAGAGUGAACUUGCAGCUGAUGCCUUGACACCUAGAAGAUCUCCCAGGGAUUUAAGCAAGAGAAAUAGUCAAGUUAGUGCUAAUCAGGAUACUGAAGAGAAUACUGCAGCUAACAAUGAUAUAAGCAAUGGGAAACCAAGUUUGUUGAGUAAACCUGAUGAUAAGAUGUUUGUGAAGGAUGGUGGUUCAAUUGGUCUCAUAUUAAGCCCUAUAUCUCCAGGUCGUAAAGUUGUAGAACUAGAAGUACAGUGCUAUAAUUUUGAGAGGGAAAAGUCAGAGGAUAAAUUUCAGCUUGAUCAAAUAUGGGCACUUUACAGCAAUGAGGAUGGGCUGCCCAGGAAUUAUGGUCAAAUCAAGGUGAUUGAUUCUACCCCUAAUUUCAGAUUGCACGUGGCAAUGCUUGAAGUGUGCUGGCCUCCAAAAGAUGCAACGAGGCCUGUUUGUUGUGGGACAUUUAAAGUCAAAAAUGGUAAAAACAAGGUGCUCUCUGCUUCCAAAUUUUCUCAUCUGUUGAAAGCUCAAUCCAUUGGUAACAGCAGGUAUGAAAUUCACCCCAGAAAAGGUGAGAUAUGGGCACUGUAUAAGACCUGGAAUAGCUCUGAUGGAGAAUCUGACAUUGUUGAAGUGCUGGAAGAUAAUGAGUGCAGUGUGAAAGUUGUAGUUUUGAUUCGUGCUAAACUACAUGAAUCUGCUAACAGAAAUAAACAUUUUUACUGGGCUCCUAGAAUCCAAAGAUCAAUUACCAGGGUUCUGGAUAUACCACGUGACGAGUUUAGUAGAUUUUCACAUCAGUGUUCUGCUUUCAAGCACACUGGAAAGAAAGAUAGGUGCGAAAGAAGCUAUUGGGAGAUUGAUCCUUCAUCAAUUAUUACUAAUCCUGUAGUUUUGGUAGAUUGAAUUGGCAAGUAGUGCAUGUUAGAGCAUCCUUUUUAAUCCUUAGUGUAUAGGAUUGCUACCCAAUUUCUUCCUGUGAGAAACAUUAGGAAGUUAGUUGGAACUUGAUGAACGAUGCUCUCUUCAGUUUUAUAUCUGGAACCAAUCAUCGUAACUGUUGUUUUUUGUUGUUUCCAGAUUUGUUGUAGGCUUGUAGCCUCUUUGAUGAAUGCUAAUGAAAUAGUGUUGCAUAUUAGGUUA